AGUAUCAAGGGAAAUCACCGAUCUAUGUGUACUCCUCCAAAGUGGACAACAUGAUUUCGGCUCAUUUGAAGAGUUACGGCACUUGGGAAGAGGAUCUUCUAAACCAAACUGGAGAUUUUCUAAAACAGUACCCGGAUAUGACAUUUUUAGACCUAGGAUGCAAUGUUGGCGUGUAUACAAUAUUUGCAGGUAAACUUGGAAUUAAAGUGGUAUCAGUUGACCCUGUAGGCAACAAUUUAAUCCUGCUUUCCAAAUCAGUUCAUGCUGGUAGAUUUGCAGAAAAUGUGACACUCGUGUUGAAUGCCGUGUCUGACGAAUAUAAAACAGUUAUCGUUGAUAUUCCAAAAGAAAACAUUGGUGGCGCACAUAUCGUUAAUGAUAUAAAACCAGAGGUCAGCGUGCAUAAAGCGGAAACCAUUUUGUUAGACGACCUCGUACCGUAUAUAGGAACAAAUAACGUUUUUAUCAAAAAUGGAUGUUGAAGGACAUGAGUGGAAAUGUUUUAAAUGGAGGCCAUAAUUUGUUUCAAACAAAAAAACGUGAAAAGCAAUUUUUAAUGGAAUGGGUACACCACAGACAUACCAAAAAUGGACAAUUGAUUAUUGAUUAUUUGAUGAAAAAUGGUUUUCUCCCAUACACGGAUAUUGCAAAAACUAAUAUUUUAGACC